AUGAAUCCUUCCGCGCCUCCGGAUAUGCCGGGGAUGGACGUCCUGGGUUUGCAUCUCUCGAACCCGGGCCUAUCAGGAGCUUCCCACGCUCACCCUUACGCCUCCUCGAUUUCCUCCUCCGCCUCUUCCUCUUCCUCUUCCGUCUUUUCGCUGGAUGCCUCCCAAAGCUCGAUCUCCUCCACCGCGACCAACCCGGUCGAUGUGAUCUGGGAGAACGACGCAGAUAGUCAGGUGGGGCGAAACCCAUGCCCUCGCAGCUAUGUCAAGGGAGCUCUCCCUAAGGACGCUGCGGUGCCUGCCGAGAUGCGCAUGCAUCCUCGUCGCACCAAACCUGCCUCAACCAACGGUCCCACUAGCGCCCGCCCUCCGCCUUGCCUGCUCCGCCAGUCGGAGCGGAAGGUGAACUUUGUGGACAACCUUGUCGACACUGCGUCGCAGAUCGUAGAAAACAUCUGGCCGCUAUCGGCCGCCGCAUCCCGCAGCGAUGCCGCGACCGGGUCCAAGGGCGUUCUUCCUCUCCGGACGUUUAUUCAAGAAACCCUCCGUCGCUCGCGCACCAGCUACAGUACCUUGCAGGUGGCGCUUUACUACCUGAUCAAGAUCAAGCCGCAUGUCCCCUCCCACGACUUCACCAAGGAGCAACCUCGGGAUCAGUCGAUGAUGCGGGCCAUGCAGUGUGGCCGUCGGAUGUUUUUGGCGGCUCUGAUCCUGGCCUCGAAGUAUCUGCAGGACCGUAACUAUUCCGCUCGUGCUUGGAGCAAGAUCUCCGGUCUCAACACCCUGGAAAUCAACCAGAACGAGUUGAUGUUCUUGCAAGCGGUGGGUUGGCGCCUUCACAUCUGUGAGGCGACCUUCCAACGUUGGACUGACCUUGUCCUGAAAUUGACUCCAGGUGCCGGUGGUCCCCCUGUGUCCGAGGGUCAGUGUUGGCGCACGGUUCUGCCUCGUCUCACUCCCGAACUCGAUCUCGACUCGGACGCCGAAUCGAUGACUCCGGUUUCGGGCAUGGGAGGCAUGGACCUUGGCCUGGAUUCCCCGUCCCCUCGUAGUAUGCCAAGCAACGACUACGUUUCCAGUUCGCGUGAGCAGACGCCCACCUGCCCACCGUCGCUUCCACGAACCCUGGAGCCGACCCCUCGUAUGGAAUUCACGACUACGCUGCCUCCGGCGCUUCCUCGUCCUUCCAUGCUCCCGACUCCUCAGAUGACCCCUCAGUCGCAUGUGGUGACUACUCCUGCCGCGAGUAUGGCCGCAUGUGGCGCCCGUCAUUCAUCUAUCGGUACCGCGAUGUCCCAGGCACAGAACAUGGGCUUGGCGCGCUCGACACUUGAUCAGCGCCCGCCACUCUCGUUCUGCUCUCGGGCUUCGUCGCUCGAUGGAUAUCCGACCACGAUUCGCCGUUCAUCUUUGGCUCGGUCGACCUCGUCAGCGUCGUCUCCGGAUUCUAUGAUUUCCGAUGCAUCGACUCUGUCGUCUCGUUCGUCGCGCUCUUCGUCGGUCUCCAGUGCUUCGGGAACCAGUGCUCCAGCACCUCCGCGUCUAGCCGUGAAGGCUACUCUGCGGUGUACUAAUAACUCUCUAAAGGAGAGCCGUAAACCUUUGGUCGUGGCGUCUCCUAUUGACGAGAGUAACUUGGUUGUUCUAUAUAGCUCUCCCGAGAGUUACUCCAGUGCCAUGGGGUCUCUUCCUGACCUCUCGAGCUAUUCUCUGGAUAAGAGUCUGAGCGAAGCCGCCCAGAGUCUAUGCGAAUUAUCUGGCGCCACUCCCGAGCGACGUCAGUGCCGCAAACGCGGUCGCACGGGAUCGGACGACCUCUUCCUCCAGAACCAUGUUCGCCACCUGAUCGAUCUGGGAGCAUCAAACCCUUCCGUUGUUCCUGAUGGUCAUCGGGCGAACUCGUUCCUGGUCGGAGAUGGUUCCGCCGUCUCCGGGCCCGCGGGCAUGAAACGCGCGUGCUGCGGCAGCGAAGCACGCAAAGUCGCUUUAAACCCCCGCCUGCGCGCAGAUUUCAUGAAUUGA